AUGGCUCUCCUACCCACCCCGAGGCUACCCAGCCUCUUACCAACUGCUCUCACUGCGUACGAGUGCCGCUUCUUCAUGUGUGAAGUGAGCCUGCUACUACAGGACUCUCCCUCUGUUGGGCGGCUGGUCCCCAAGGUAUCAAACGAUGCGAGAUGUCCGUCUCAUCCCUCCAUGAACCGUGUUCCUUACAACCAGCCAGGGCUUCGCAAUUGCCCAUGCUAUUACGAGCUCAAUAACUCGAAACAAGCAGAAUACCUCCUCCGUUGUGCUGACAGUAAAGAUCGUCACGGCGCGGCUGUCGUUCAGGCGUGGGCAUCAGCACUUAUGCUCUGUGCCGCGGGGUCUUGUGCCACUCAUCUUUUAGCUCCAGGUACACCCGGGCUCCAACGUCCAGUGUCUCGAGGUGAAUUGGAGAAAAUACCUGUGGAAUGCUCAAGCACUGUGCGCGGCCCAAACAUUGCGACGUGGUCGUUAUUAGGCGAACUGCUGGGCAGCGCCAAAACGGCUUCUGACUCUGCGCUUACACCCAGCCAUGCCCAAGCCCGAACUCAUUGGCUUGUUUCGAUGCGGCGUAUCACCAACACAAAGUCGCACUGCAUGAGCGCCAAGCCAGCGGAACGCGGAACAGACGACGGAUGCCUCGGCCCGGGGAAAGUGACCGCGACAGGCGGGCAUGAAUCGGUGUGGCAAUGCUGA